GAGUUGUUGCAUGCAUCUCAUCGUGAGGAUAGAAGUACUUUGAAAGCAGACAUUGUGGCGGAUAAGUCAUUUGUAUUUUAUAUCGGAAUCAGUAUUUGCACUUGAUUAAAUUUUAGUUGAUUUUGUAUUCGGAUAAAAAAAAAGGUUUUUCACAUAAAUUGAUUCGUUAGAAAUAGGAGUGUGCGUGUGUAACAUUUGGUUCAGUGGGAAAUCGGAAUUAUCUGUAACGCGUAAUUAACCCUAAAUUUUAUGUAACGAUAUUAUCGAAAUUGCAAAAAUCUAUUUUUAUUAUUUCGAAUGGACGCGAUUAAUUGUCGUUUUGAGGGUAAGUCUAAGAAUGGCUAGCGAUUUAUCGAGUGAGUGUACCGAAACAAUUGGAGUGCUGGAUGAGAAAGAAGAAGGUGAAAUAUCCUUGGAAGAUGUAAGUUCUUCCGAGGAAGGACAUUUAAAUUAUGGAUACGGAAGUAGGGUUCCUCAAUAUUCUGACUGUUUAUCAACGCAACAUAAUGCAACGUGGCGCACUUCUGCCAAAUUUUAUCCUUCCAAAGGCUCUUCUAAUAGAAGAGUAGAAGUUGACCUUAUUCUACAAGAUGCAGUCCAGGGAAAAGAAAACCGUCAUCAAAUCAAAGAAUCAGGAUGCAUUGGAACAAAACAUGCAGUUUCCACACUUCAAGAAAAAAAUGAUGACCUUGUGCCUAUAUCGAGUGACAGUGAUAUGGAAAUUGUUGGUCUUGCAGAUAAUUCUAAACAAAUAAUAAUAUAUUCUUCCUCAAAAAAUAGAAUAAAAAAGAAAAAAAAGAAGAAAAGAAGUCAUGUAACUGUAAUGUCAAUGGAUGAUUUAGUUUCUUCGUCUACUGUGGAUGUGGCUGUAACUGAAGAUAUCAGUAUACUAAAACAUGAUGCGAUAAAAAAUAAUUCUUCAAGAUCUCAUCAUAGAGAAAUAAGUCCUAUUCGUAAAACUAGUAGGUCAAGAAUGGUUUCAAGAUCACCUCCCAGAAGACAUAAAUCUCUUAUAAGAGCACGUUCUCCAUUUAGAAGAUCAAAAUCUCCAAUUAUUCGUGCUAGAUCACCAAUCAGGAGAUCUCCAAGAAGACUAAAAUCUCCUAAACGAUCACCGUACAAAUCAUCAGGAAAAACAAUUCCUCGGAAAACAUCGCAUUCUGAGUUGAUGUCUUUGUCUCAUAACUAUACAGAAACGCAUAAACUUCUUAAAAAAGUGAGAAAAUUAGAUUCGAUAGGAACACAUUCUUUGCAAACGAUGUUAAGUAAAAAUAAGGAACAUGCAUCUUCGUUAAAGGAAAAGUUGAACAUGAUGAAAAAAGUUUCUGACAAUAAUAGUGAUAUAUCAAAUUCCUCAAAAGAAAAAUCUGGUAACUAUAUGAGUAAGCAGGAACUUAAUGAUGCAGAUGAUGAAGAGGAUUUAGCAUUAUUAAGACAAAAAGCACUUGAAACUAAACAAAACAAAUCAAAUAAAUCUAAUGAUCAACCAAAGACUGAGACUACAAAGAAAGCGAAUGUAAAUGAUGAUCAAGAUGAGGAGGAUUUAGAAUUGAGAAUGAUUGCGUUGCGUUCUGCAGUGUUGAAAAAACAUCAGAAUAGAGUUCAGAAGGGUAUAAAAUCUAGGGCAUACAAAAAAUCUAAUGUUUCUCGAAGUGAAAGUCCAUUCACUCAAAGCUUUUUAGAUAGUAUUCCCAUACCUGGAGAAGAAUUGUUAAAUUUUGCAUCACCACCUCAUACACCCCUUCCUAUGAAUGAAGAUAAUCAUACAGAAGACAUGGAAUUAGAUACAGAUGUAGAAAGAGAAAAAGAAAAGUUGCCAUAUUCUCCUACUGAUAAAAUUACCACCAAUAUACCUAUGGAUACAGAAUUAUUAGGUAUCCAACCAUCUGAUGUAUCAUUCAUUAAUCUUAAUUCAGUAAAUAAUAGUCCAGGCUUUAAUGUAUCUAUGACACCUAAUCAGGAUAAUCAAUCACCUUACCAAGGGAAAAUAAUUGAAAACCGAAGUUUCUUGCCGAAUGUUGUAUAUUAUACACCCUUGCAAAAUUCAAUAUGUCCAACAACAAAUACCAACAUACAGUAUUCUCCAACUGAUCAAGUACAACCUUCUAAACCAGAUUUUAUGAAAUCUCAUUUAAAUGAGCCCCAGUAUGGAAAUACAUGUAAUGUUCUAAAAAAUAUUUCUGAAUUUACUGAUAUCAAUUCAAGUCAAGAAAUGCCUUAUUCUCCAACUGAUACUCCUGUAUAUGAUCCUGAUUUAUCACAUGCACUUCCACAAACUCUUGGUCCAAUUACUACCUCAAAUUCUUCCUUAGCCACCUUGGAAUCUUAUAAUCCUGAUACACAUGGAAGUAGUAAUCAAUGUAGCCAUGUGUUGAAAGCACAACAAAUACAAGCAACAAAACAAAUUAACAGUGUGAUUGAAGAUGGACAAUUAAAUAGUGCAGAAACACUCCCUCUAGAUCCAGUUACUGGUUCUAUAACAACUUCCCUUAUGGAAUCUGUAUCACCUAGUAGUUCAAUGAUAACAACUGAUGACUUUCCUGAAACUAAUGCAAAUACAUGCCCACUGACUGAUUCUAUUACACAGGCUAAGAGUGCAGAGAACAUUCCAAAUAAUUUAAACAAUAUUAAAGAAAUAGUGCCAGAACCACUUUAUAUGAAAGGAAUACCAGAUAUUACCAAAGAUGCAAACAAAAUACCAACAUUAAUUAAUAGGACACUUGUUCCAGCACCAAUCCUGAAAACAAAUAAAAAAUUACAGCAACCAUUAUCUACAAAGAAGUGUGUCACACAACAGGAACCUACAUUUAAAAGUGCAGAAAUGCAACCAGUUGUAAUUAAUGAAGAACCUGCAAAAUCAAGUACUGCCUUUAAACCAAUGAAACUAAUGUCCAUCCCCCAAAAAUCCCAUUCUGUUCUAACAAUACCUACUGUGUUUCAUGAUACAUUACAUGAAGAGCCAAUUCUUGAUAAUACAGUUACAAAUAAAAGUACCUCCUUAAUAAAAGAUAAUCAUAAUUUAUUGCUGGUACAUGAUAAUACAACUACAAAUACGGAAGACUUAAAUAAAAUUUGUGAUAGUAAAAAUUCAGCUCAGAAGAAAAGGAAACAUAUAAAAAAGGGCCAAAAAAGAAAAAGUGUCAAUUCAACUCCAUUGGCUAGUAAAAAAAUUGCGUUACAUUCAAAUAGUGACAAUACAAAUAUCACAGAUAAAACACAACAUGAAUCACCUUGUAUGAGUCAUUCUAAUGCAAAGGACAGUACAGUUGCAUCUGUUUCAGAAGCUCCACAAAAUGUUACUAUUCAUAAAACUAUAAUUUCUUCAGAAAAAGAUGAAACCAUACAAACUGAAGAUGCUUCAUCUAAGACAUUACAUGAAAUUAAAAAUACAGAAAAUAGGAGAGAAAGUUUAGAUGAAGAUGAAGAAGCAUUAAGAGCAAUUUUAUUAGCUUCUUUGCCAAAAAGAACAAAAACUGUCAACAGUGUGACAAACUCAGCUACCAUCACAACAGGAUCAGUUACAGUUACUGCACCAACUCAAAUAUUUACUAAUCAAACUGAACUAAAAACAAUACCUGUGGUUAAUACAGUCAAUACAAUAAGUACUAAUAGUGCAACAGGUUUGAUAAACUCAUGCACUUCUGAAAAUGAUAAAAACCAACCAAAUUCGAAAGAUCAGAUAAAUAAUACAGUUCCACAAGGAAGUUUACCAGUUGAAACAGUAAAAACUUUAGGACAACCAAUGACUUCUGGGAGGAAAAGAUCACUUAUUGUGCCUAAGGGUCCACAAAAGAAACUUAUAAAAAGAAUUGCAAUUCCUGCAAGUACAAAAGUUGUAAAUAAUGCAAAGAAGUAUCAGAAUUCAAUGCUUCAAAAGAAAUUAAAUUUACAAAAAGCAGUGUAUAACAAACAGAAGGUAGCAGAAAAUAAAAUUACAUCUAAAAUACAGUCUACUGAUAAUAAAUGGUCUACCAAUACAAAAAUAUUAUCUGAUACCCAAAGAAUUGUUAUCAAUUUGGAAUCUGAUUCAGAAAGUGAUUCUGAAUCUGAACGACGAAAGAAUAAGAUUGCAUCUGCAACCAAUUCACCCACAGUAGAGAAAACUGAAUCAGCAAAUACCACAGCAGAAUUUGAAAAAAAUGUAGAACAAUUUUUACGAGAUGUACGAAAAAAACAAGAAUCUAUGGCAGCUGCAAGACCAACUUCAAUGUCACAAGUACCCAAAAAAGAUACAGUAUUAAAUACCAAAUCAGAGCAAUUAAAUUCUUCCAAUCUACAUACACCAUUGGCUGUACGUCAUUUACCAGUAUCACAGCAAGAGGAAUAUCGCCGACUAAAACAACAAAUUUUAGAACGUGAAAAAUUAAAGUUACAUAAAACUAUAGAAAAUAAUAGUUCAACAAAAAAUAUGAAUAUAGAAGUAUCUCCAAAAUCCGUGCUAUCCAAUAGUCCAAAUAAAAAAUUGUACUCUAAAGUGAAUCAGACGACCUUCACCAAAAAUCAGGUUAUAAAUGCACAACAACUAAAUAAGGAAAACUGCUCUAAAAAUUCGGACUCAAUAAAAAAUACACCUAUAACAAGUACAAAUAAUAAUCAGUUAAGCAUUAAUAAAGUGUGCAACAUGGAUAAACAAGAAAACAUAAAUCUAAAACAAACAAAAACAAUAACAAAUCUGCGUGUGACCACCGAAAAUAAUUUAAAUACUCUCGGAAAUAAAAUAACUGGUAAUUUUACUCAAUUAAGAAAUACAUCGCGCAAAAUUUUUGAAGCACCUAUUCAUAAAUCUCAAGCAAAAGCGAAAAUUUCAUCCGGUAUAAAAAUUCUGUCCACAGAUGAAGUAAAUCGAAAAUAUGUACAAGUACAAGUGAAAAAUGAUACAAUGGAACGAGUAGUAACAAUAAAAGAUAAAGUGACCUUAAAUAAUAAAACGGUAACUAAUCGAGUUGAAAAUAUUUCUAAAAUUAAUGAUAGUAAUAAAAAUGAUACAAACCAAGUUGUACAGUCCAUUGGAAAGGAAGUUCGUACUAAUGAUACUCCAUCCAGUAACAAUAAUUCAGUGGAUUCGGAAGCAUCAACUAUUAUUUUACCAAGAGGAAAUCAAACUAUAGGAAGAGAAAGUAAUGAUACAGCCGAAUCUACAGUCCUAUUAUCGGAUUAUCAAAACAAUAGACAUACAUCAACAAGUACAGAAAAUAAAGAUGAUAGUCAAUCUCUGCUAUCCAAAAGUAAAACAACAUCUAAUAAAAUGAGCAUAGAAGGAAAUUGGGAAGCUAUUAGAAAAGAUGCUAAAAUGGAACUGAAUACUCUUAUUAGUCUCUCACGAGAGGAACAAGAGCGACGUUUAAUGGAUACAGAGCAGAAAUUAGUUAUGAAACGGUAUACAAUUUUGGAUGACUUGGCAGAAAUGUCAAGUAACAUUCGUCAGUGGCACAUGGAACGUGAUCUACAGGCAACCCUUGCAGCUGAAGUGAAGAAACUUAGAGAGCAGCUCAAAGUUGCUGAAGAGAGAUUACAGUUGCAACGUGAUCGUAUCAAUAACAUAAGUCCAAAAGUAGUAGCAGCACAUGGAAAGAUCACUGCUGGUAGAAAAGAAUGUUUUAAACUUGUAACAAUUUGUUCAACUCUGGGAAAUAGGAUUGUAGGGAAAGAAUACAGGGUACCUGAAGCUGGAGCACAACUUUUAGUUAAUAGACUGAAAGAACUUGCCAAUCAUACGUGGCAGCUUUCGCGGAAAAAAGUACCAUCCAUUGACAUUCCUGAAAUAUAUGAUUCAUCGAAAUUAGAAGAUGAAACUGUAUUUACUACGUACACGGAAAUUUCACAAAAUGAAAAUUUAUUAUUAGAAGAGUACAAUGUAAAUAAUGUUGAUACAUCAAUUUCGCAAGAAAUUGAUUGUUCAGCAAAAUCCACCGAAGCUGAAAAUACUACGUCAUUAGAAGUAACUACAACAAAUGCAAAUGUAAAUGAAGAACCAAGUGAACAAGAAAAUGUGGAAUUAAAUAAUUUAACUUUAACUAAUGAUGAUAAAAGUACACCUGAACAAAUUAAUACUGAAAAGGAAGUAUUUUCGGAUCAAACAAAAUUGGAUGAUAUUCCUGUUGCUGUGGCUAGUACUUCUAAUUCAAAAGAUGUACAAGAUCUAGAUCCUAAAGAAACGCUGGAAAGUAACGUAAUCAACCCUGGAUCACUAGAAGAUUGUAACGAGAAACUAAGUCCUAAAAAGUCCGACAAAGAGCAUCAAACAAAAAAGAUACUUUUACCUUAUGAAUCAAUAUUGGUGCACUUUAAAGUGCCAAGGAACACGAAUCCCAAUGGCGUUCUUUGUCCAUACGAGUUGAUGGGGACUUGCAGUGAUGGCGAUUGUCAAUUUAUUCAUCAAACAGACAGUCAAGCCAAGUAGCAUUUAGCUACUAAAGUGGCAUUGUUAACUUAUAUGUAAGGUGGUUUUAAUCUUUAAUCAUAAGAUUCAGAAGGAGUUAACAAAAUAAGACUCAAAAAUAAUCAUUGAAAGUGAUCAAAUGUUUCUAUAAUUAGAAACAAUGUGAAAUGCAUAAUUUUGUUGUAAAUAAAUAUUACCACUUUUAUAAUUACAGGUACUGUUUCUGAUGAACCAAUAUUUCAUAUAGAUGGAAGAAUCCUGCUAACCAGAAGUAACGUCUGAAGAUGGUAAGUUGUCUUCAUCAUGGCAGGAGUUUGUGCACAAAUUAAAAUAACCAUUUUAUUAUGUAAGAAUCUUAAAUUUUAAACAAAACAAAAUUUUUAAUACCGUGCUAUUUCAAGCUUCUAUUCUAACGAAAGUUUAAAGAAGAAUUUCUGCAAGUGUUUAUUUUUUACAUAUGUAUAUAAAGUGUCAUAUAUAAACUGUAAGUAAUUAGUGUGGUUAAUAUAAAAGUAAAAGAAGAAAUUGUUGACCGAUUGUUGAAGACAGCCGUACAACAGGCCAACGUCGGGCAUUGCAACAAAUAUUCAUUUCGUACUUCUAUAUAAGUUACCUCAUAAAAAAAUCUUGUACCUGUAUAAUAAAAGAUUGAUAUUUUUUUCUAA